GUCACACUAGGCAAUGACAAUGAUUUUCGUGGUUUCUGUCCUUCGGAUGUUCAGCUCGCAAAAAACUUCGUGUUUAAAAGUGAACAAAAAUUGUGAAAAAUGGACUUUGUUUUAAAACAAUUGGACGGGGAAGCCUUUAAAUCAAUUUUCAUCGAGCAUGGUAUAAAUGAUGAAAGUUUGCCAUUCUUAAAAUGGGAUCAGAUGAUCAAAAUUAUUCCGCAAAGCAUGGUGGGGCCUGCAAUUUUAUUUUUUUCGAAAUUGGAGAAUUGAUAUUGGCCGAUUUUAAAACCAAAAAUGAAAUGAUUUUUGAUAUGUUAUUUACAAAGUGGGAUCCCUUCAAACUAAAAUGUUUACCGCUUUUACAAUUAAAGGUAAAAGAGCAUAAAGGUAAACUCUUUCUAAAAGAACUUGGCGGAAAGUCUGAGGAUACUCAAAAUGUUCUUCUACUAUUGCUGUUGCACUCCAAAUAUCAAAAAUACUUAAUAGAUGAUUCCAGAAAUAAAUUUUUAAUUUGGAAAUCGACGAUUGGAGAACUGCAAGAUUACAUCUCUGGCGAAGUCAACUCUUAGUUUGGAAAUAAGACCAGUUUUCAACAACUGAUUUGUUGCAUCGGAAGUGGACCUCACAACCAGGAACAUUUUUAUGUAUAUGUUUCAGGUAUAUUUUAUAAGCAACCAAAUAUCUUGUCAAGUUUAGACUUAUGUCUUAAAGUUUUUUUUAUUUUGAAUUUAAAGUAUCCCGAAGAGUGUGUGCUCGUAUGGACGUUUGUUCAAAAAUAAAGUAAAGUAUGUAACAGGCAGAAGGAAGCGUUUCCGACCCCAUUGAUCAGGAUCACUAGCCGAGUCGAUCUAGCCAUGUCCGUCUGUCCGUCUGUCCGUCUGUCUGUCCGUCCGGAUG